CAGUAAUAACCAUUAUAACAGUAAUAAUGCUUCAAGAUACUUAAACAAUGGUAGAACAAGAAGUAAAAAGUUUUUUAGUGAUGAAAAUCCUGUGGGAGGGAAGCAUUUCAACUCUUCAAAGUUUUAUAAUUCUAACAGAUCACACAAUGAUUUUGAAGCAAGUAGAGCACCUCUCAAGUCUUUAACAAGCAACAGUUCCACUAGCCAUCAGAAACGUCAGUCUCUAUCUCAACUACCUCAGUCUCCCAAAAGAGUGAAAAGUUUGCCUGACACCAAAGAUGGUUACAGUACAAAAACUGGCUUUGAACGAAAACCCAAAUCCUUAGCAGGGUUUGUAAAUAUUGGAAAUUCUUGUUACAUGAACUCUGUAUUGCAAGCAUUGUUUGGGGUAAGCUGCUUUGUGUCAGAUUUCAAAGAAGUUGAAAAGAAACUAGGAAAUGCUGUACCUGAAAAAAAGCCUCUUUUGGGCUAUGGCAUCUCUGCUUCACUGUAAACUAAACCAAAUGGGCUCACCUGAAAGCCAGCAAAAACUUUUGGAACAAGUAAAAGAUGCUGUCUGUAGCACUGCACCAUGGUUCUUGGGAAAUGAUCAACAUGAUGCUCACGAGUUCCUUGGUCAGGUUCUUGAUCAGUUAAAAGAAGAAAUUGAUAAAUUCUACAGUGACUCUGAUGACUUAAGUGAUACCUCAGAAAUGGACAGCCUCAAUCCUGUUCGUAGGAAUUUUGAGUUUGAAAUGUUGAAUUCAUACCUGUGUCAGAAGUGUGAAGAUAUCAUACCUAGAAAAGAAAAGUUUUAUAUAUUAUCAGUUGAUCUUCCAAAGGGCCUUGAUACUUCCAUACCUGCAUCACUUCAAGAUGCAGUAGACACAUAUUUUCUGCCAGAAAAAUUUGAAUUUUCAUGUGAAAAGUGCAGAGGAAAAGAUGCAAAGUGCUUAGAGAGGUUUCAUCGCCUUCCCAGGGUCCUUGUUAUCCACUUAAAAAGGUAUGGUUUUGACCAUCACUCCCUGAAGGUAGCUGUUCCUGUUAUUAUUCCAAAAUUCAUAACACUUCAGAACCAUGUGACAGACACUGUUGUUGAUCCAAUAGGCAUCGUUAAUGAUAACAUCAUAGUUGAAGAGGAAGUCCAGAGUAGAGUGAUUGUUUUGGACAACACAGAAGACGAAGAUGCUGAAAUCAGUGUAGGAAAAGAAAAGAUUGUAGUUCCCUCUAGUAGUGAUGAAACCCAAGAAGAUGAUGAACAGAAUGAAAAAGAUGAACAGAAGUAUGACUUACUAGAUCUAAAGAAGAAUGAAGAAAAUUCUGUUAUUGUUGAAGAUAUAAAUAAAGCAGAUACAGACCUUCCAACAUCUUUAAUAACAAAGGCUUCAUCUAGCGACCCAGAGUACUUUCAUCUCGAAACCAACAGUUCUGAAUGGGAAUCGCCAGAGCUUCUUCACCUUUCAGAAGAAGAACAGAUUCAGCUAGCUCUUGAAAGAAGCAAAAAUGAACAUUUGUUCUACGAUGCUAUUGGACCUGUAAUAAAUGUAGAACCAGAGCCAGUGUGGAAUCGACAGUGUGCAGUUGUUGGUCUUAGAGGAGGAAGGGAAGACCCUUCUGUACCAGAACUACCUGCAGCAGCAUCUACUCCUGUUAAAGAAGCCCCAGACACUACAGAGCAAGCAAUGGAGCAAUCACCUAUUAAAGAUCAAGAAAAAGAACAAAAAGAGCUAGAAGAAGCUUUAGAAUCCAGUUUAUUGGAUGCUAAGUACAGAGAAGAGGAAGAGUUUCGUAAAGCCAUUGAAAAUAGCAUUCAAGAUGCAACAUGUAGUGGAAAUGUAGAUGAUGAAAAUAGAAAUGUAAAUAUGGAAAAAACGUGCGAGAAAGUUUGGCUUUUGAGAAGCAAAGAAGAAAAAGAAGAAAUGGAAAAGAACUUAGAAUUAGGACAUCUGCCAUAUUCCUACCAGCUUUGUGCUAUUGUCAGUCAUGUGGGUAGGACAGCACAGAGUGGCCAUUAUCUCUGUGAUGUGUACGACUUCAGUCAGAAGCAGUGGUGGUACUAUAACGAUGAUGUAGUUAAAGAAAGAACUAGUGAAGAGGUUCUCCGAGAUCGACAAACUACGGGUUACAUGUUCUUCUAUGUUACAAAAUGGGGAGAGCCAAGCAGAGAGGAGACGUUGCCUAGAAAAUAAGAAUAUUUUGUAGUAAUAAUGUGUACUAUAUAUAUAGUGUCCUUCCUUCAAACGUAUUAACUGCCAUAGAGAACAUUUUACAGUUAUUGCAAAAAUAGGCCGUCCGUUAUUUUAUUUUAUUUUAUACCUUAAUAUGCAGGUAUUAUACAGCACAACACAGGGGCCAUUUGUUUCUUUAUCUUCUCUUUGAUCUGAAGUUUAUAAGAUUCAAUCUUCCAGUUUUAUAACUUUUAUUAGAGGUUGAUUGGGACUAAUGCGCACAAUUAAUAUUCAAUAUAAUAGACGUGCCAAGUUUUAUGGCAUGUUUUAGUGGUUCGUGUACUUUUAAAAAAGAAAUUGAGAUUAGUGAGGGUACCAUAAAACAAAAAGUUGCUUAUUUAAUAAUCACUGUUUGUAUACUACGUAGUUACCAUGGACAAUCAAAAAAAUAUAUAUAGCAAGGAAAUACUUUUUUGGAAGACCCCCCCCCCCCCAAAUAGUGUCAGAAAAAAGUAGUGUACUUUGUUGAUAUGUUGAAAUUAUUAUCCUGUUUGUUUGUAUGUGUUUUGUGAAAUUUAUUUUCAGUACAUAAGAAAUGCCAAGUUAACAUGUCAUGACAAAAGAAAAUCAGGAUUUGAUAUGCAAUACUAACAGCCAUUUUCUUUUCACAAUUUUCCACAUGAUUUAAAUUUAAGUUUAUGAUGUGUUACUUCAUGAGAAGUGUUUAUAUCUCACAGAGUUCUGAAAUUCUCACUUAUCAGUAAAAUAUAAUACUUUGUUAAUAUUAAUAAAGGACCAGUAUUUCAGAAACUCGAAUGUUAGAGGGUAUGAAUGUAAUGAAAUAUGUUCAUUAUGAUAGUUGAUCAUUCAGCGAGUUGAUGAAAUUUCUGAGAAAAAAUUUUCUCGAAGCUGGGUUGUGAUAGGUGUGAUCAGUUCUCUUCAGUUUAACACUAAUAGUUAACAUAAUUUGAAACAAUUGUUUCUCAAACAUAAAAGAAUAAACCUUAAAUGGGUCAUUCUUAUAAAGGGUAUGGCACUACUUACAGGACAGUUUAAAAACUAAACUAUCGUGUGGGUCAUUUAUGUUAGUUGAAAAGCAAUUUCUUUUUGUCCAUUCAUUGUAAUCUCUUUCAUUUGUAUAGUACAAAAAAUGAUGAGGUAAGGUUGAUUUCCAUUUCAUUAAUCAAACCAGCAGAAAUGAUUGGUUUCUGUGCCAUAGUUGUAUAUGAAUUACUGGAUGAAUAAAAUUUUGUAAAUA